CUCCUUCACAAGCUCAACCACAUACCAGGAAAUAGGUCAUGAAAUGUAAUAAGUGACCAGGCAAGUAUUGGAAAUCUCCAGCUGUGAGUAACUAUGGGACUUUACGGUGCUGUCUAGUGACCAAGGCGAGAAAGCAUCCAGACGACCAUUUUCCCCUCCCUCUGGAGAUUUUGCUGAGAGUUGAUAAGGAAUUAAAUAAAGAAAUAUGGGUUGUGCAAAAUCAAAGGAUUCGUCCAACCAGGAACAAAAGAGCUUGAAUGAUCCUGUACGUAAAUCUAACACCGCUCUUUAUGUGAAAGAUCCCACAUCCAACUCACAUGCAACAAACGCAAAUAGCUUUCCAUCUGCACACUUGUCUUUGGGAGGAAACGAUGACACGGUAGUAGUCGCACUGUAUGAUUACGACGGCAUACAUGAAGGAGACUUGAGUUUUAAGAAGGGAGAAAAAGUAAAGGUGCUCUCAGAACAAGGUGAAUGGUGGCUGGGAAGAUCUUUGACAACUAAUCAGGAAGGUUAUAUUCCAAGUAACUAUUUUGCCAAAGACAACUCACUGGAAAUGGAGGAAUGGUUCUUCAAAGGUGUCAGUAGAAAGGAUGCAGAGAGACAGCUUCUCGCAGCAGGAAAUAGAGUUGGCUCGUUUAUGGUACGAGACAGUGAAACAACCAAAGGUAGCUAUUCCCUCUCUGUUCGAGAUUAUGAUCAUUCGUUGGGUGACACAGUAAAACAUUACAAAAUACGUACCCUGGACAACGGUGGCUUCUACAUCUCCCCUCGGAUAACAUUCACCACUUUAAACAACCUGGUCAACCAUUAUAAAAAGCAAGGGGAUGGAUUGUGUCAGAAACUUACAAAACCUUGUAUCAGUGAAAAGCCUGAAAAACCAUGGGAAAAAGAUGCUUGGGAAAUUCCAAGAGAGUCCCUCAAAUUGGAUAAAAAACUUGGAGCUGGGCAAUUUGGAGAAGUGUGGUUGGCUACAUACAACAACCAUACCAAAGUAGCUGUGAAAACGAUGAAACCGGGCAGUAUGUCUGUGGACGCCUUCCUCAUGGAAGCUAAUCUCAUGAAGUCCCUUCAACAUGAUAAACUGGUGCGGCUUAAUGCUGUCGUGACAAAGGAAGAACCGAUCUACAUAAUUACAGAAUACAUGGCCAAAGGGAGUUUAUUAGAUUUCUUGAAAAGUGAUGAAGGGAACAGAUUGCAGUUGCCCAAGCUGAUUGAUUUUUCAGCCCAAAUUGCUGAAGGAAUGGCUUACAUUGAAUCAAAGAACUACAUACACAGAGAUUUGAGGGCUGCUAACAUCUUGGUGUCUCAUACAUUGGUUUGCAAGAUCGCUGACUUUGGCUUAGCCAGAAUAAUUGAAGAUAAUGAAUAUACAGCUAGAGAAGGUGCCAAAUUCCCGAUUAAGUGGACAGCACCAGAAGCCAUCAAUUUUGGAUCGUUUACAAUCAAGUCUGAUGUGUGGUCCUUUGGAAUUCUUCUCAUGGAAACAAUCACAUAUGGCCGGACCCCUUACCCAGGUAUGUCAAACCCAGAUGUGAUACGUUCAGUGGAACAUGGAUAUCGGAUGGCCCGUCCAGACAUGUGUCCAACAGAGCUCUAUGACAUCAUGAUGAAAUGCUGGAAGAAUAAACCAGAAGAGCGUCCAACUUUUGAAUACUUGCAGAGUGUGCUAGAAGACUUUUUUACAGCGACAGAGAGUCAGUACCAACAGCAGCCAUAACACAAUGCCAAAUAUGUACGGACAAUGGGAGGAGAGCAAAGGAGAGUAAUUCAGGCAACAAAGUUUUUAGAUUUAACUGUUUAACAUCUGCACUUGCAAUUUUUUGCACCUUGUCUGAUUUAAAAAUAAUUUUUGACAUUCUUGAUAGCAAAUAAAUGUUUUUCAGGCUAUGUAUUUUCAAUGGGUCUUUGAAAAUGUGAGCAAUCUUUCUGCACAAAAUAUAAAAUGUUCAUUAGUCCUCAAGUUACUGAAUAAUGUUUAUUUUUUUCCGAAACAAUGUUUAAAGUAAUAUUGGUAAUGUAUUUUCUUUGUCACAGUUUUGACUUUUUUUAUUGUGCACUAUUUUUAUACUGAACAUAGCACUCUGAGUAGAACCUUGCCAUCACAGCCUCGCUUCCUAUUUUACAGCAAUCAUGUUUACACGUUUCACAACUAGAAGAAGGUAGUUUGAAUUGUUUCAGUCCCAGGUGGGCUCUUACGACACAGGUUUCCCAAAGCACAAAUAGUUCAUAUAAAGGGAGCAGUUUUAGGAAAUGUGUUAAUCUAGUUGUAUAGUGUCUGAAAAUAACUUGAUACUUUGCCAGCACCUGCGAAGAGGGAAAGCAACAAAGUUAAUCAAUAAUAUUUCAAAGAGUAAAUUUUAAUAAGAUGACUAUUAUCAAUAAAACUGAGUAUCCUGUUUCGUAUUAACUAAUAGAAUCCUUACUAGUCUUCCAUUGAACUGGGAAUUUAUUGAUUACCCGGAGUGAGGAAGAUGGAGAAUUAUACCCCCGAUCUUUCAUUUGUUUUUAAGGGCUCAUUUGUUGUCAAACAAUGGCAAAAUAUACCACAUUCACAUGACGGCUUCAUCAUGUGAUUUCUCCAAUGUUCACUUUCCAAGGAAAUUUGGAAAUGUGCAGAUUCAUGAGGAGAGAAGAACUACUGAGCCAAAAUCUUAAAACUAAUUCAAAUCUCUGAAAUCAAAACUAAACCCAUUGUUUUGAUCUCUUUUAUUCAUGAAAUAUCUUUGUUUAAAGUUUUUUUUUAUCAAGUGUGAGACUUAGUAAAUGUUUGAAAAUAAGUUAAGUUAUAACAAUGUGUGUACUAGAUGAAUAAGUUUCGUUAGUAGCAACAUGCAGGCCUGAGCAUAUAAGAACUUGGUUUAAUGAAGGAAUGGAGUUUGUAGAUUUUUAUAUAAGACACAGCAUUACUUCUCUCUGGAUUGAAGUAAUUUCAGAAUCAAAGUACUGUGACUUCAGAAAUGUAGUCAUCCAUCGUGUAUAUUUGUAUUAUUGCUUGAGGUGUGAAAUAAAGUGCCUUAAUCUUGA